AAGCUGUGAAUGAUGUAGAUAAGAGCUGAUCCCUGCAAGAUGUCUGCAGCAAUUGGAAGAGGAGCUCAAAACAUGCAUAUCCACUGCAUCAAACCAGCAUUGAGAAAGGGGUAUCAUAAAAAGAGUGGAGGCGUGGAUACUCCAAGAUUGAACCACGAGGAAGCUAAGAACAACAACUUCUAUGGUGGAUCACCUGCGGAUGCUGAUGUCGUGUGGAUCCCUGAUAGUCGUACUGGAAUCUAUUAUCCUAAGGGACAAGAAAAGGUCAUGGAAAACGUUCCUUCUCAUGCUGCAAAAGAUUACACCGUAAAUUGGUUUUCUAUGCCAUAAGAUCGAUUUGUUGUGAUUUUCUUGUUGUGCAAGUUUGUGGCGUUAUGAAUCGAUAUGAAAUCAUGACGAGAAAUUGAAUAUAAUAAAACUCUUAAAAGAUAUUAUCAUAAAGUCUUGAUCAAC